AUGGUACAUCGUAGCACCUUCUUCAAAGCCUUGGUGGCUUCACUUUCAAUCGCCCCAGGCUCAGCCCUCCCUGCCCCUCAAAUGGGCGAUUAUGGGGAGAAUAAAGGACCCGUAGGGGGAGUCAAGCCUCCAACACCAACAGUCACCUCGACCAGCGGUUCGCUGUACGGCGACUCCAGCUUGCUCGGCGGCAACGCUCCUCUUCCAGACCCUGAGCAGGAUUCUGCCAUCGUCAAAGACCCAAAGCUUGCCAAUGGCCAGGAAGCUGACCCCAAGCUCGGGCUCUAUCUGGAUUUUGAUGGUGUAGAUGUUCCCCAGCCAAUCCGUGGCAAGCUCGGUGCCACAGAUCCUGGUCCCCGAACUUACGACUAUGAGAGACUCAACCCCGAUCUUUUUGCUCCUCCUGGUACAGAUGCUGGAGAUGUCCCCAAUGCCAUGUGGCCGCUUGGUCUUUCCCACAAUCGUCUUGGUAGUGAAGCUGGCGCCGGAUGGGCUCGACAGCAGAACCAGGAUGUCCUUCCUGCUGCUACUGCCAUGGCUGGAGUCGACAUGCGUCUUGCUCCGAAUGCGUAUCGCGAGCUGCACUGGCACACCGCUAAUGAGUGGGCAUUGGUUACGAAAGGCUGUCUGCGUGUCGCUGCUGUCAAUGACGAGGGCAAAAGCUUUGUCGAUGAUCUCUGUGAAGGUGACGUCUGGUUCUUCCCUGCUGGCGUACCUCACAGUCUCCAAGCUUUUGACAAGGGCGUGGAGUUUUUGCUGGUCUUUGAUCAGGGCACCUUCUCUGAAGAUGAGACAUUCCUUGUAUCUGAGUUGUUCUUGCGAAACCCUGUCUCCGUUCUGGCAAAGAACUUUGAGACCGAGACAACGGCCUUUGAUAACAUCCCCAAGGAUGAGCUCUAUAUUUUCAACGGAACACCAGCACCGAAGGAUAUUGAGAAACAAAACGUGACGGGUUCAGCUGGAGCAUUGACCGGCAAUGGCUCAUACACGUACCAUUGGUCUCAGCAGAAGCCCCAUACCGUACCCGGAGGCUCUGUCAAGAUCAUUGACCCUACGACCUUCCCAAUCGCCAAAGGCUUCUCAGCCGCCCUUGUUGUCGUUCAGCCCGGUGCACUCCGUGAGAUCCACUGGCAUACUACCUCUGACGAGUGGAGUUACUUCCUCCAGGGCAGCGGUCGAAUCACCGUUUUCAAAGCAGCUUCAUCCGCCCGCACCUUCGAUUUCACUGCUGGUGGCGUUGGAUAUAUCCCUGCUGCAAACUCUCACUAUGUUGAGAAUACUGGAACGGAGGACUUGAUCUUUCUCGAGGUUCUUCAGGCGCCCAAGUUCUCAGAUGUUUCGGUGGCACAAUGGUUGGCUUUGACACCCAAACAGAUUGUCAAGGAUCAUCUGAAGGUUUCGGAUAAGUUUUUGGACUCGUUGCCCAAGGAGAAGCAAUUCAUCAAGACGGGAGACGUGAAUAUGACGGCCAUUGCAGACGAAGCCUAG